AUGGCUAACGACAAGCUAAUCCAAAGCAGCUCGGUUGGCGGCGUUGACAAGCGUUAGUAUCACAUCUAAAGAGAGGAUAUUUCUUUUAUUCAUUUUAUUGAGGACGAUAUCACCGACCAAAUCGCUGUUUCACAACAUUGCAGUCAGGAGGAGACACCUGAUUUAUCAGUUAACAAGCGCAUCAGUGUCUGCUUUCCUGACAACUAAAUCCUGGACAUCAGGUGAAGAUGGAUGUUUACUUCAAGGUAUCAUAUCAGCCUCUGAAUUUGUGAGACCUACUGCCAGAUGGCCAGAAGACCUCACUUCUCAUUAUGAAGCCUGUCAGCUAUCAAAGCAUGCCAUCCUCUGUGAAUGGUGGAAAUCCGACUGUGUCGCUGGAUCGUGUUUUAACCACUUCAAAUGUGAAGUAUUGUGAGAAAUGUGGAUUUGGAUCUACAGAUGCUGCAGUGUUCGAGAAGCAUAUGGUUGAGCAUAUGGGGACGAGGUUUUACUGUUUUUAUUGCAACGAUGUUUCCUAUAGUGAAGCGGAGUUAAACGCACACCUGAAACGGCACACUUCAAAGUAUCCAUUCAAAUGUCCCCACUGUGGACAGGGCUAUAUGAGAAGGCUGUGCCUUGUUAAGCACAUUGACCGUUUGCAUAGUAAAAGCAUUAUUCAGGGACCUGCAAAGUCUGGCGUGACGAAAAAUCUGCAGGGCCCCGUCUCCAGUGCCUUAACAGGUCUGCACGCUGCUGAUCCCUCAUUGCUCCGACCGGUUGUUCGGGUGACGAUACCCAACACGAGUGCAGCUGCUGUCAGAUUGGGAAAAGAUGAACAGAGAGCAAAAACACUGGAAACAAACGCAUCGAAUGUCACUAAUGGUAACCCAGAACGUCUUUCUCCUUUGAAUGGACUCAUUCAGCACAAUAGGGCUCUCACAGUUUCUCUGCCAGAAGAGGUAACAAUUCCUGCCGGCUGCUUGGUUGAACUUGUUGAGGUGAAAACUGUAAAUGGGUCAAAGGAAUUGAAGCUGCGGCUUGUUUCCCAACAAGAAAAUGAGUCCAUGAUAAAGGACGCGAGGACAACAGCUUCUCAAAACACAGCACUGGGGAAGCCACUGUCAUCUACAUUAAUAAAUCAUACCAACACAGUACGGCCCAUCACUAUGGGCAUGAGCAUGAUUAACAGGAAACCGUGUGAUGCAAAGAUGGGAAAUAUGGAGCAUCCUGCUGCUGUCCCGGUCAGUGUUUCCAGCAACCUCCAAGUGAGUUCAGUGAGCAAAGAAAAGAGUGGACUGAAAAGAGCAUCACCGGAAAUAAUCAACUUGGAGUCAAACACAGUCAUCCCAAACAAGGUUUCCAAAAGCAUCAUCAGUCCUGUAAGAGAAGGAGGAAAUAGUGGGAUCAGAGUUACGCAAACAGCCCCGGUGAGCCAUGCAGCUCCAUCUCCGGUUAUCUCCAGCAGGGUCACCAGCAGGUUGAGCACCACCUCCACCCUGCUUCCAAACAGCAUGGUUUCUCAGAGAGUGGUGGAUGAGAGAAAGCCCUUACUUCAGGAGUACCCCAAGAGUGUUCCAUCCAGGAGGGCAAGUGACACGAAAAACAUGCAGGAUAUGCCGGUGGCUAUGAAGGUGGAACCUGGGGAUAUCUGCCUCAAGAGCAACACUUCUUCAAAAACAAUAAAAGAAGCACUACCCUUGACCCAGGACAGGAUUAAAUCAACUUCUCCCUCCAUGAGAAGUCCCAUUGUUCCAAUUGUCCAAGUGAGACCUCCAAUGUGUCUAGUCAGUAAGGAUAAUGUUUCAAAUCAAUCUUUUUCAUUAACCAAGACUCUAAACAAGCCUAUAUCAAUCAAAACACCUGUCCUUUCAAAUCACGCCAAUUCAAAGAUCUCAACUUGGAAGCAGGACAUCAGAUCAAAUGUUGUAGCAAAAGAAAGAGCUGUUUCAGAACCUGAGAGUUUCCCUGUCAUCUCUUCCGUGUUUUCAUUAAGUCAGCAGCCAGAGGAUGCUCAAGGUCCCAUUCAGCCAUUGGUAAUGGCUCUGCGAGGCAUAGUGAUGGAUAAAAGUAGCAGUUCUGUCAGUACGACUCAAGAUGAAGUUAAGAUAACAAACACAGAACAUAUGGACAAGCCCCCAAUAUUAGGGCAGAGUGCUCAGGUGGCAACAAAAAACGGAUCCUUCAUCCAUGAGUCAUUACUGAGAGAGCAGACAUGCGAGCCCGUAAAAGCAGAAGACUACCAUCAGGGUGUUGAUCACCCUCCUACACUGACCCACAACCACAUACAUGUCAAAGAGGAAACAAAGAUCACUCUACCAACAGACAAAUGCAGUCACAGUCCUGAUUCAAAAUCUUUAACACUUGAGGAAUCUAAAGUUACCGACCCCGCAGAGACUUCUGAAUCUCAAGAACCUCUCGAGCAAAUGGCCAAAAGUGAGCAGGACGCAAAGUUUCUGACUGUCACCCUGAAGAGGGUACAAGUGGGUGUGUGGAAACAAACCAAGAAGGGACUGAAACUUAGAAUAUCCAAAUAUAAGACUCAGGUACCUGUGGGCAGUGUAACCGACUGUACAGUAAUUUACCCAAUGCCGCUGAAGGUGGACCAACCAGUGAAACGACCAGGUCCAAACCAGCCGGUGGUAGUGCUUAAUCAUCCAAAGCCUCGGGUCUCUGCACAGGGAAUGGGAGCAGAUUCUUUUGCAAACACUGGAGCUUCUGAAGUGGUUCCAAAGUGCCAAAUCCUGAAAAUGAGACUGAGCAAAGUGAUGGGGCAAAAGUACGAGGUGAUGGGAUGCACCGUCCGAGUGUUUCCGUGAAUGUAUUGGACAGUUCAUCAAUGGACACAAGUGUACAUUUAUGGGGGAACAGUAUUACAGCAGAGAAAGAUGUUUAAGGUCAAAAACUAACAAAAUAUCGAGGCAGUUAUUUUCUUUAUGGGAGAAUAAGAGUAAAAAAAAAAUGGACAUUGAGAAUCACUGAACAUUGUCUUAUAUGUAUAAUAUGAACUAUUCAAGUGCAAUGCUGUUUGACUGCUUUAAGUCAAUAAACAUGGACUGUCUGCCGUUGUAGAUUACAGUUAAAAACAUAUUAAGUACUGUUUCUGAAGGUUGAGAGACCAGUGGAUAUGUCAUUAAUGCAUGCUGUUUAUUUAAAAAAGUAUCUUUUUAUUUAUUUUUUUUUUACGUUGCAUCAGUGACAUUUUGUGUUUCAUGUGGCCCAUACACAAUGCCACCUGAAGUCGGUGCAGUAAUGGGUAUUCAGGCGGUUUCCUGCCACACAAUUGGCCUUUGGGGAGAGAAACGUAUGUCUAAGGCAGUGUUUUAUCUUUUUAACAGAAGCGUAUGUAUUUUCCUGUUAUUUCUGGCUAUUUAACUCACAUAAAUCUAUUUCAUGCUUGUGUGACUUAAACCCCACUUUACAAAAAAGGUAAAAAAUACUGGUUAAACAGGUUAACACAGUCCAGGUAAUUUCUCUGACCAAAAUGUCUUUUGUGGGAACCAA